AGGACCGGAGACUGCGGAGAUAAACAAACACACGCAGUGGACUGUUCACUCACCUGCUGCCGUCUCACCACUCACCUGCUGCCGCUGCCGCAGCUCCACGUCCGACCCGGGUCCACACAGCCAGGGACAGAGAGAAUAACCUGGGAUACCCUCCUCUUCCUCCCUCCUCUUAACCCCCCGGAGGCGGGCGGUAUAUGUGACUCGCGUCCCGGCGGAGAACCGAGCGAGACAUGACGGAGCUGAGGAAGCGAGGCGGCUGCGGAGCAGACACCGACAGCACCGACAACAUCAGCGACAAGGAGGGCGACGGUGAUGACAGGCUGGGUCUGCACGGUGACGCAGACGGAGAAUGUGACGCAGACUCCAAAGCAGACACUCCAGAUGUUCCUCUCUCCACAGCAGACACAGACAACACUCCACAAUGCCUGAACAAAGCUCUGGAGGGCCUGCCGCCCAGAUGGAAGAACUACUGGAUACGAGGGGUUCUGUCAAUAGCCAUGAUAUCAGGCUUCUUCCUCAUCAUCUACAUGGGACCUGUCGCUCUUUUAUUAGUGGUCAUGACCGUCCAGAUCAAGUGUUUUCAAGAAAUCAUCGACAUCGGAUACAGAGUUUACCGUUCCUACGAGCUGCCUUGGUUCAGGACUCUGAGCUGGUACUUCCUGAUCUGCGUCAACUACUUCUUCUACGGUGAGACGGUGGCGGACUACUUCGGGGCUCUGGUGCAGAGGGAGGAGCCGCUGCAGUUCCUGGCUCGCUAUCACCGCUUCAUCUCCUUUGCUCUGUACCUCGCAGGUUUCUGCAUGUUUGUGCUGAGUUUAGUGAAGAAACAUUACCGCCUGCAGUUUUAUAUGUUUGCUUGGACCCAUGUGACCCUGUUGAUUGUGGUAACUCAGUCCCACCUUGUCAUUCAGAACCUGUUUGAAGGAAUGAUCUGGUUCAUCGUUCCGAUCUCCAUCGUGAUCUGUAACGACAUCGGGGCCUAUCUGUUUGGAUUCUUCUUCGGGAGGACGCCUCUCAUCAAGCUCUCGCCCAAGAAGACCUGGGAGGGCUUCAUCGGCGGUUACUUCUCCACGGUGGUUUUCGGCUUCAUCCUGGCCUACCUCCUGGCUCGGUUCCAGUACUUCGUGUGUCCUGUGGGAUUCAACAGUGAAACCAACAGCUUCACAGUCGAGUGUGAGCCCUCGGAUAUCUUUGUGAUGCAGGAGUACACACUUCCUGCCGUCGUACAAAACCUUGUGACUUGGAAAACAGUGAACCUCUAUCCGUUCCAGAUCCACAGCAUCUUCCUCUCGUCCUUCGCGUCGCUCAUCGGGCCGUUCGGCGGCUUCUUUGCCAGCGGCUUCAAGCGAGCCUUCAAAAUCAAAGACUUUGCCAGCACCAUCCCCGGACACGGUGGCAUCAUGGAUCGCUUCGACUGCCAGUACCUGAUGGCCACCUUCACGCACGUCUACAUCGCCAGCUUCAUCAGGGGUCCGAACCCGAGCAAGGUGCUGCAGCAGCUGCUGAUGCUUCAGCCCGAGCAGCAGCUCAGCAUCUUCCACACACUGCACUCCCAGCUGAGAGAGAGGGGCAUGCUCCCCCCCGCUGUCGCCCAGGCCGAGUGAACGACUACAUGGGGGGGAUGACGGGGGAGUGAGUGUGUGAUGGUGUGGAUAGUUUGUGUAGGCACGUACACAGGCAGACACACACAGACACACACAGACACUUGCACGUAUGCCUGUAUGGUGUUUGACCCCGGGCCCCUCCCUGCUCCUGUCGUCAUCCUGCCGCCUCUUCACUCGACCACAGACCAGCUCCAAAUCCCACCUGAAGCGACUCUCAUUCAAAAAAUAACAAAACACAAGUGGCUUUGUUGCUUUCCCACUUGGAGCGGCACAUAAACUACAACAGCAAACAGGAAGUCCACAUCCUGAAGACUCGCGGACAGAAGAUAAAAUGUCUCCUCACACAACACAGACUUCAAAGCACACAGCUUUCCCGGCGCAGGUGGACGGUGGACGUGCGGUUUCCCUUGCGCACGGCAAAUAUUGCACUGACCUGAGCAGAACAAAUGGAUUUUAAGAAGCUUUCACCAGCAUGAACUGGGCCCAGAGCGUUUGACACGUGGACCUGAGCUGCGGCCGAGCGCCCGGCGCCGCUCGUCGCUCUGGGGUUCGGGGUGAGGUCAUGAUGCAGCAGGGUCGUUGAACUGUAAACACUGUUUUUCAUGGUGUUUGCUCUAUUUAAGGAUCUUAACCUCAUGUAGCAUGUCCCUGAGUCCCGUGUCAGGCUUCUGCUUGAACAAGCCAUGUUUCUUGUUGUUCCUCCACAGCGUGAACUUGUCAGCUUUUAGGUUUCUGUCCGAAUCUAAAUAAGUCGCACAAAAAGUCAACAGUGUUUGACUGUAGGCAUGUUAACGCAAAAACUAGAGCAUCAGCCUCACACUCAUGUAUUGUACAUAAAUACAUUUUGAAGAUAUUUAGCUAAUCAAAUACUUAAUAUAUAACUAUGUAUGUGACCUGCUGGGGUAAAAAGAUCACUUUUAAACUAAGAGAAAUAAUAAUAGCAUGAACAAAUUAGAUUUUUAAAAGUAGGAACGUAGAGUUGAUCUGCGGUUGCUGUUUAUUUAGAGGGUGUGAACUUUAACUAGAGAAUGUGAAAAAGAAUUUAAGGGAAUAGUUCUAACAUUUGUAACACAUUUCAGAGGGGGCUACUUUCCCUCCUCCUCCUCGUCCUCCUAAUCCUCGUCCUUCUCCUCCUCUUCCUCUCUGAAAGUAACUAAGAUGUGUGUUAUUGGAAAUGUGGAACUAUUCCUUUAUCUAAGACUCGUGCUUCCUGCUUUAUUGAUUUAACCGACGACUUCAGUUGCACUACAGCAGUGGAGGUGCUGGGAGGGG